AUGGGCUGGGACAGUGGACACAAUGAGCCUAACGGCACAGAAGGAAAGAACUUCUACAUCCCCAUGUCCAACAGGACUGGGAUUGUACGAAGCCCCUUCGAAUACCAGCAGUACUAUCUUGCCGAUCCCAUCAUGUUCAAGAUGUUGGCUGUCUACAUGUUCUUCCUGAUCUGCACCGGAACCCCCAUCAACGCUCUCACGUUGAUGGUCACCUUCCAGAACAAGAAGCUCCAACAACCCCUGAACUUCAUCCUGGUCAACCUGGCUGUGGCUGGUCUCAUCAUGUGCUGCUUCGGCUUCACCAUCACCAUCACAUCUGCCCUCAACGGCUACUUCAUCCUGGGAGCGACCGCGUGCGCCGUGGAGGGAUUCAUGGCUACGCUAGGAGGUGAAGUAGCUCUGUGGUCCCUGGUGGUCCUGGCUGUGGAGAGAUACAUUGUGGUCUGCAAACCCAUGGGAAGCUUCAAGUUCACCAACACCCACGCCGGUGCCGGAGUUGCUUUCACCUGGUUCAUGGCUUUCACUUGCGCCGGCCCACCGCUGUUCGGAUGGUCCAGGUACCUCCCAGAGGGCAUGCAGUGCUCCUGUGGACCAGACUACUACACCCUGGCUGAAGGCUACAACAACGAGUCAUUCGUCAUCUACAUGUUUACUGUCCACUUCCUCGUUCCAGUCUUCCUCAUCUGCUUCACCUACGGAAGCCUUGUGCUGACCGUCAAAGCUGCUGCAGCCCAGCAGCAGGAGUCCGCCUCCACCCAGAAGGCUGAGAAGGAAGUGACCCGCAUGUGCAUCCUGAUGGUCUUUGGCUUCCUGGUGGCAUGGACCCCAUAUGCCUCGCUGACCGCCUGGAUCUUCUUCAACAGGGGAGCCAGUUUCACUGCCAUCGGCAUGGCCGUCCCUGCCUUCUUUGCAAAGAGCUCAGCGCUGUACAACCCCGUCAUCUAUGUGCUGUUCAACAAGCAGUUCCGUAACUGCAUGCUCAGCACCAUUGGAAUGGGAAGCGCCGUGGAUGAUGAGUCCUCAGUGUCUGGCAGCAAGACAGAAGUCUCCAGUGUGUCCACAGCCUCGUAA